CUCAAACCACUUAGAUAGGCUUUGAGUUUGCACAGGAAUAGGUACGGACACCAUGUGCUUAACAGAAACAGAUGGGGGUCAUCGGGAUUUAAACAGAAGAUCUCUCGAAGGUUCUGAUACCAUAUCAAGAAUCAGUUGCUCUCAAUAAUUCGAGUUGUUGGAAGAAGUUCAAUCAUGAAUCAUAUACCAUUUACCAACAAGUUUACGCAUUUUCCUCCUGAGAAACCACCUUUAUUACAUUCUCCUUCUCCUCCGGUUGAAAUAUUUUUUUUACAAAUUAGAUAUAAUUUGGUGAAAAGUUUGUUGUGGGUAUCGAGUAAAUACACUAAUUGAUUUUGAAUGACUCAUAAGUACAAUUGUCAUUUACACGUAAGUAAUUACAAUUUUUUUGAAUAUGUUAAUAAUCAAUUUGUAAUCAUACUUAAAAUAUUUUUAAUGUCAACCAUUCUAAAUUAUACACUCUCUAAUUUUAAUUAUCAAUUAACUAUUUGAGCAACCAUAUCAUGUAAUUGCAAAACCAAUUGCAUAUAUUGUUUUUAUUGUCACCUCACAACUUAUGCAACCCAAUCAGCUCUUGCGUUCUGUUAUCAAAAUAGAAGAUUGAUAAAGGGUUGUCCUGCAUUUUUGCCAUUAUUAUCAUAUAUAUAUAUAUAUAUAUAUAAAUAUAGGUGGCUACUUCGGUGCACUUACUUUUUUGGGUGCAUUCAGUGCACCCACCUCUAAAAGUGGUCAUAAUACAUCAAAUUUUGAAAUUUAAUGGGUAGCAUUAGUCUCAUAUGAUGAUAUAACACAGAAUCACAACUAAUCAACCCAUUACCCUAACCUAUUAACAUUCAAUUUUGAAUAUAAACCCAAAAUCCCAAAUUGUAAACCCUGAUCCAAACCCAAAAUUCCUAAACCCUAAAUCAUUCAAAUUAAAGUGAAUCUUGAAUGAUUUUUGUACAAAUUCAUGUGGUUCUUGUUCAUCAUACUACAAGGGAUGAUUGACAUCGUUUUCACAUGAAUCGUCUGCUCAGAAUGACGAUUAUGAGGCGGGUGCAUUGAAUGCACCAAAAAAAGUGAGUGCACCGAAGACAUAACCAUAUAAAUAUAUAUAAAUAUAUAAUUUGAGAUAAUGGGAGAAAGGAAGUCUUUUGAUUUGUGGUAUCCCUUCACGAUACAUAAGGACUACCCCAGGCUCAAACAACGUAACUUCUCUAGAGAAAAAGAAGGACUAUCAUUUCUUUCCACUUUUCUUGAAUUUACCUCAAUUCACCAUAAGAAAAAACAAGAGAGAAAAAAGAAAAGAAAAGAAAAUUUAUCGCUAACUAGCGAUUUCGACUAAUGGAAAAGAGGAGGAUUUCGAUACGUCGAAACCCUUCCUUCUUUUCACCUUAUCAGUAGAAAUAUCUCCUUCAAAUUUGUUUUCUCCAACAUUUCUUUAUCUUAAAACAAUGAGAAAACUCUGUCCAAAUUACGACAACGCCGCUGGUUUGGAGACGGUGCUGGAGGUCCCGGUGCCGGAAGAAAUGUUCACGAGCAUGGGGACCAACUCGGCGUCGCGGUGGCGGAACAUGCGAGCGCUGAUGAAAGCCGAGACGACGGCGGACAAAUUGUGUCAUCUGCUGGCGAAAUCCAACAGCGAGUUCUUGGCUCUGCUCAAGAUCGUCGGAGCUCCUCUCAUCCCUUUCCACGUCCAGCCGUAUUUCAAUCGCUCCUUCGACAAACACUACUCCACCGAGGCGUCGACGGCACGGUACAUAGUGAAGCAGUACGCGGCGGCGACGGGAGGGACAGCGGCGUUGACGGCGGUGCAAAGCAUGUACGCGGUGGGGCAGGUGAAGAUGGUUGGGUCGGAGAUGCUUCAGGGGACGGAGAUCCACGUGGCCGCCACGUCGGAGGUGGGCGGGUUCGUGGUGUGGCAGAAGAAUCCGGAUUUGUGGUACUUCGAACUGGUCGUCGCCGGCCACAAAGUUAGCGCCGGCAGCGACGGGAAGAUCGCAUGGAACCAGUCUUAUUCCCAGCCCGGGCAUGCCAAUCGGGGGCCCACCCGUCCCUUGCGCCGCUUCUUCCAGGGACUGGACCCCCGGUGCGUGGCCAAACUGUUCAUCGAGGCGACCUUCGUCGGCGAGGAGGAGAUCGAGCACGAGGACUGCUUCGUCCUCAAGCUCGACACCGACUACUCCGUCCUCAAGUUCCAGAGCUCGCCCAGCACCGAGAUCCUCCACCACACCGUUUGGGGCCACUUCAGCCACAAGACCGGGCUGCUCGUCAAGUUCAGCGACACCAAGCUGGUGAAGAUGAUCAAGUCGGUGCGGGCCAACAACUGCGUCUUCUGGGAGACCAACAUCACCACCUUCAUCAGGGACUACCGCUGCGUCGAAGGGAUCAACGUGGCGCACCGAGGGGAGACGGUGACCACGCUCUUCAGGUACGGCGACGCCGUGCAGAACCAGCGGAGGAGGGUGGAGGAGGCGUGGGAGAUCGACGAGGUGGAUUUCAAUAUUCAGGGGCUGUCGCCGGAUUAUUUCUUGCCGCCGGCGGAUCUGAAGAGGGAAGUAGUAGAACUGCAACAUUGAUGUGUGGGAUUUUUGUGUACAUGUGUGUGUUUGGAUAUUGUAGUUCAUCAUUGUUCAUGUGUAGGGUUGUAUAUAUAGAUCGCAUGAUUGAUUUUUUAGAAUUUUCAAAACAGGAAUUAUUUUUGGAUACACAGGAUUUUGGGAAUAGCUUACCUUCCCUUCUCAGCAAUCCAUGUACAUAUUGAAAUUAUGACUAUGAUAAAAGUUGUAUUCCUUAAAAAUUUAUGCGAAAUAAAAAAAAUUUCAUGCCGUUUGGAUUUUGGAGCACAAAGUUAUGGUUGUCCAAAGUUUGACGAAAUUGGAAAAAAAGCUCGUUCGGGGUAGCAAACGACAUUUUUUGGGACGAAGGCAGGACCUAACCACCUUCGGCUUGCAAGAUCUCAAAAGGUUAUGCAGAAUAAAAAAAAAAUUCGCGA